UUCAAAACCAUUGCUUAUCCCCAACACAUACACAUACACAUACACAAAGAAAAAAAAAAAAAAAGGAAUACUCUGAAAAUCAGAAUCAAAAAUGGCAUCGCUAAGCAGCAGUAUACUAGCCCCAUCAAAACCUCAUGCACAAACACAUUCCAUGAUAAGAUCCCGAACUUUCUCGGGUCUUCGCCCAAUGAAACCAAACCAGCUUAGCAUGAUCACAAAAACCAGCACGGCCGUGUCGGGAAGAUCCAUGACAUGCCGUGCUGAGAUGAACCCACAAUUGGUUAUAAGUUUAAGUACUGGUUUGUCACUUUUCCUAGGAAGGUUUGUGUUCUUUAACUUCCAAAGGGAGAAUGUAGCAAAACAAGUACCGGAACAAAAUGGGCAGACACAUUUUGAAGCAGGGGAUGUACGUGCAAAAGAGUAUGUGAGUUUGUUGAAAUCAAAUGACCCAGUUGGGUUUAAUAUUGUGGAUGUACUUGCUUGGGGUUCUAUUGGUCAUAUUGUUGCUUACUAUAUAUUGGCUACUUCAAGUAAUGGUUAUGAUCCUAGUUUCUUUUAAGUAGUAUAUCAUUUGGAAUUUGUUCUUCCUUAUUUUACCCAUUAUUGUUCUACUAUUUGUGUAUCUUGGGACUUGUGAAGGUGUAAUUAACAUAUUGUUAUUGUUUCACUAUUAUAAUAAUUAUGCCUUUUAUUUUGCCUCAA